UGCAGACAUGUGACCGCAUCAAGCAGUCAGCCAGUGGGACCAAGCGGCGCGUGUUCAUCAUCGAGACCAUGGGCGGCUUCUGCGGCUACCUGGCCAACAUGGGGGGACUGGCGGCUGGCGCAGAUGCUGCCUAUAUCUUCGAGGAGCCCUUUGACAUCCGGGACCUGCAGUCCAACGUGGAGCACCUGACGGAGAAGAUGAAGACCAGCAUCCAGAGGGGGCUCGUGCUCAGGAAUGAGAACUGCAGCGAGAACUACACCACCGACUUCAUCUACCAGCUCUACUCCGAGGAGGGCAAAGGCGUGUUUGACUGCAGGAAGAAUGUGCUGGGCCACAUGCAGCAGGGUGGGGCGCCUUCUCCGUUUGACAGAAACUUUGGAACCAAAAUUUCCGCCAGAGCCAUGCAGUGGAUCAGCUCGAAGCUGAGGGAGUCUGCAGGGAAAGGAAGAAAAUUUUUAAGUGACGACUCUGUGUGUGUGCUGGGAAUCAGCAAGAGAAAACUGCUCUUCCAGCCCGUGGCGGAACUGAAGAAGCAGACAGACUUCGAGUAA